AUGCCGGGGAUUGCCGACUCUUUGAGUGGAGUCGCCGUAGGGUCAAGCACGAUGUUUACGCGUGGUACGCAUUCGAGCCAAGGCGCCGUCCACCACACCGACACUGCAGCGGCGGCCGAGUGGCGUGCUCUCUAUGGCGCCAGCGCUGACAUGAUGAACUCGACAGCGCACACAUUCCGUGCCGGCGGCGCCGGUGUCUCAUACAUGACCCCCAUCUUCCAUCUUACCGCCGACGACGCCACCAUCCUGUCCAUGGAACACAACAACCACUGCAGGCUGCUGGGUAUUGCCACCUCCAAGAACCAGAUUUUCGUCACGUGGACACAGCUUAUGCCGGUGAUAGAGAACAUGGGCAUGCUGCGGGCACCAGAUGACGACCUGUUUGGCGGCGAGCACGCCACGCCAGUGGAUGAGCGACUGCUCGAGUGGGACCCGGCGACGAUGUCUAUCUUGAUUGACGAGUUGCCUUACACCUGCACCGAGUUGUCAUGGGCGCCAUGGCAACAAGGCAUCUACCUUGCUGGGCUCUGCCCGGGGAACGGCAUCCGGCUCUAUCGCUACUCGCACGGGAAUUGGGCGCUGGACGACUGCAUCCGCUCCAGAGAGAGUGUGAGCUGCUCCAUCUCCAAAAACUUCACCGUGGCGUGUGCAUGUCGCGGCGGUCGAGUGGAGCUGUGGGUGAAGGGCACCACCGCGUUUGGCACUGCAGUUGCACCUGGGCCGUCGCCUAGCUUGAGUGUGGGUGACAGCACAGCAACAAACGGAGGCGAUGGGGUGAGCGGCACCUCAUGGGUGCUGUGCCGCGUCCUCACGCUUCCCUUCACCGAGGACGACGACAGCGGUUCCCGCACGCACGACGGCGACAGGAGCGGCGGUGCUGGCUCGUCCUCCGCAGCUGCCACGCGACAUCGUCAGCGAGACACACUCGGCGUCGCCUGGGACGAGUCCGGCGCCCUGCUGGCGGCAGGCGAUCAAGGAGGGUCUGUUUACGUUGUGGCGGCCACCCAAGACAGCACGUGGUUUGGCGAGGUAGUCUACCACCAACUGCCGUUUGCUUUGUGCGGCCCGUGCAAGCAGGUUGCCUGGUCUCCAUCCUCGGGGCGUAGCUUUUUGUGUCUGGCGAUGGUGUUCACGACUUGCGUUCGACUGGUGCUCUUUCGCCGGCCGCGCUUUAUGAACGCGGCUGGCCUGCCUCACGCGGCACACAGCGUUGGCGGCGGUGGCGGUGGGCGAAUGGGAUUGGCGCACGGCAGCGUAGCGCCGAUAGCCGCCAGCCCCCUUGAGGUGCUGGCAAUGGCGCAGGUGCCGUGCGAGGAGGUCGCGAAACUGUCGUGGAACAACACCGGCACGCGCUUCGUCACGGCGCACCUCGACAGCUCCGUAAACAUCUGGGCAGUUGACUUCAGAUACCAGCACCCCGUGAAGGGUGACGAGGCGAACGCGACCGGCAGUCGAGAGGAGGCCAAUACGCUGCACAGCGUUGACAGUGCCCGCAUGAUUGGGCAGGUAGAAAGGAGCGUGUUUGCAGCGGCGGGGGAGAAACGACUCGGGAUUGCUGUAUCCGUGCGGCGCACCUCCGCGGUGCACCCUUACCACGCCGUAUCGAAGUGA